AUGGCUUCGCACCCUAAGAUGUAUGAUGAUAACGGAAGCUCGAGCAGCUUUAGAAGUAGAGAUGAAGACACAAAUGAUGCUUCAUGCCUGGUUAAUGCAAGUAUGUUUAACCAGUGGCGCUCCAAAUACGUCGACGAACUGGAAUUUGGAGGAUGGAAUAUUGAUAUGGUGAAAUUUGCGAUUGCAACGACUUAUGAAAGUUAUGGGCCGCUAAAAACUGCCAUUAGAAGGGGUAUUCCGGAUAUCAUUAAACACUAUAUUUGGAUCAAAGCAAAUGAAGCAGAUAGAUUUUAUAUAGAACAUCCAAACUUCUACAAAAAUUCGUUUGAAGCAACCUUUGGGUUUAAUGUUCCAGAAGAAAUGGGCGACUAUUGUCCGACAUUUUGCGGUGGCCUUUUAGGUCUUCAACUUGAUAUUUUGAACACACCAGCUACACCGUGCGAUUUAGACGAUAAUAUUAUAGGUUUGUUUUUCAUACUCAAUAUUAAAAAUGCAGAUAAUGAUACAAUAUAUUCGUAUUCUCGUUUUAACUCUGAUUUUGGGUAUCAACCAAACUUUUGGGAUAAAUUCAAGAGUUUGAGUUUAUUUGGAGAAUCAAAAAGAGUCCUGGGAACAAAACAAAGAGGCAAUAGUGCAACUACAGUUAUUGGUUCCCAAAGUAUGUCUGGAAAGUUUCCAGAUUUGUAUAAGGAUAACCGUGAUAUUCCGCUCGAUUUAGAUGAUAAAAAGCAGAAGAAACUUCCAAAGGGAGAUGGUAAAAUCCAGAAUAAAAACGAUAUAUCGGAAUAUCUUUCGGUAAUUAGUUCAGAAAGCAUGAACCAAAAGCGACUAAUGAAAUCUGCCAUGAUAAAAAUACGAAAUUUAUCAACAGAUCAGCACAAACCAGGUAUAAACACGGAUAAGACGAGGCAAAUGUCGGAUACCUUUAUAUUCACUAAGAACUACGAAUGGAUUCCACCCCCUCCAUCUCAUCACUCUGAAAUAAUGGGCUCUUAUAUAUCAAUUCCUGAUCAUUCAUCUGCCAAAACCACUGAAAAGAAAAGAUUCUUGUGGAUACGUAAACUAUUCAAAAAAUUAGGAUGGAUGUGUAUGAUCAAAGAUAAAAAUGCAACACACGAUCUCACCGUGACUUCUAAUACAAAUUUACCAUUGGAACCUAACUUUAAUUAUGUUCAUCAAUUUUCGGCAAUUCCUGAAAUCAUGGGGAAUUCAACUCCAAAUAUGCAAGGAUCUGAUACAAGUCUUUCCAGGGAUUCUGAAACAUCCAUUCCAAUUUCUACACUUCCUAGUGGGUCAACUAUUUCACCUGUUACCAGCACUAUGGGUAGCAAUACCACAUUAAAUAGUUCUGUCUACAAGUUGACUGAUGUAACAUAUUUAACAAUUUUACUAACGGAUGAUGGAAUCAGGGAAGUAAAACGCAUUCUCUGGUGUCUAAAUUCCUAUUUUUCAUCAAAGGUUGAAUUUUUGCCGAUCAUCCCUUCGUUAUGCUGCAUAUUGCUGAUAUAUAUGUCUCCAGAAGCCGCAUUCUGUGUUUUAUAUAGACUCAUUCUGAAAGCUACUAAUAGUAUGGGUAAUGACUGUGGAGAACGUUUUUUGUUUUGUGAUCGCAAAGGAUUUAUGAUUUUCGUAAACUAUGUUCAGAGUCUUAUGAACUCAAAUUUACGGAAAUUGGUCUCCCAUUUACAGCGUUUGAAGGUAGAUCUAUCCGCCUGGAUAGCAAGGGCAGUUCAACAUGGAUUUUCCGAAAUAUUGCCGUUCGACUAUAUUCUAAGAAUAUACGGAGAUUUUCUUUUUGAGGGCGAAUCUGUUUUUUGCAGAUACUGUCUAGCCCUUUUGAAAGUUGAACGGUCUCGGCUACUAAAGUGUAAGAGAAGGGAAGAAGCUGAAAAGAUUCUAUAUCACAUAGGCUUGAGCAAAAAUUUGAAUAUUGAUCAGGUUACUAAAAUGGCAUAUAGUUUCCGUUUAAGGCUCUAUGAUAACAGCUACAAAUCAUUAGAUGUCAUUUCUCCAUACUUUAUGCAGGUUAAAAUGAAAACUUUCUACAGACCAAGAUUGUCCGCAGCUUCCAGCAUUAUUCCAGACAACUUGUGGGAACUAUUAUGGACCUGGAUACUACCAACAUAUCGCAUUUUUGAUCCGGAAAAAAUAUAUUCAUCUGAUAGCCACGGAUCUUCCAUGAUGGGUCUCAUUAAGCGUGUUUACGAGUCGUUGAAGAAGCCUUGCCCAGCUUUACUGUUUGUAAAGACAACUAAAUUGGACGUAUUUGGUUGUUUUAUUCCGAUUUUGUUGGAUUCACCAAUAAAGGGGCAUUUUACACCUACUGAUGGAACAAGCCAGCAAAACACGUUUGUCUUUACUCUGUCCAACCCAGAAAAAAUUUACCGCUGGACUGGAAAUAAUACUACUGGAAUAAAAAUUUCAAAAGAUGGAAUAAUCGUUGGCGCAAGAGACCCAGCCUUCGUCCUAGACAAAGCAUUAGGAAACGGUCACACUGCACCAUCCGUUUCUUUCAAUUCACCUUGUCUUGUAUCCUCCAACACUGGUUACUUCUCAACACUACUUUUGGAGUUGUGGACUCUCACUUAA